AUGGCCGCAUCAGAUACGCGGGACUACGUUCUCGCGUUCGAGAGCAACAAAGAUAGCGCUGCUCAAAUCGCUGCGGCGACAGCAAAAAAACUCGAGAGUCGGCAGACGACCCUGAUCGAGGUGGUCCAGUCGCUAGGAGAGUACAUCAACGACGAAGAUGCGAAAAUCCGUACUCGGGCAGUCUCUUACCUGACUGCCAUCAUUUCGAGCCUUCCUCGAGCCUUCCUCUCGCGCCAGCAAAUCGAUGUCCUCUGCGAUUUCCUGUGCGCAAGGAUCGAAGAUGGCGGUGCUCUUGAGGGGCUGUCCAAGCUCCAGAGCCUGGAUAGAUUCAACGACACAAUGGCGCAGACUGUGGUGAAAGCGGUCAUCGACCAUUUCUCAGAUCUACAAUCCCUGGGUCAGGCAGCCAGAUACAAAGUGCUGCAGCUUCUGAAUGAGCUGAUGGAACGGCAUCGGAAAGGUGUUCGGGACAUGGGAGAUCAGUCACUGAUAGGCAUUGCUGCUGUUGUCUCCGGCGAGAAGGACCCACGCAACUUGAUGCUGGUCUUCUCAAUGCUACGAGUCAUCAUGGUCGAGUGGGACAUCAGCAAGCAUUCCGACAUAAUGUUUGACUCGGUCUACGCGUACUUCCCCAUCACUUUCCGGCCGCCACCAAACGAUCCAUACGGCAUCACUGCUCAGGAUCUCAAGGAUCGGCUUCGGGACUGCAUAGCCUCUACCGGCGCUUUGGCUCCUCACUCGAUACCAAAUCUGAUCGAGCGUCUAGACGCAACAUCUGUUACUGUCAAGCGAGAUGUUCUCCAGGCUUUGGCAGCAUGUGCUCUCAACUACGACCCAGAAACGAUAGUCAAGUACUCAAAUCCGCUGUGGGAAAGUGUCAAGUUCGAAAUCCUUCAGGCUCAAGAACCAGAACUGGCGGAUGAAGCGCUAGUGGUGAUCAAAAACAUCGCCGCGUGUAUCUCGGACCUCUCCGGUGCCACCCCUGUGACGGUCCCACUGUUUACAUAUCUCAAGCCGAUCGCGACUGAGAGCCUCGACCACCUCAAACAGCCCGCCUCCCGUCAAGCUAAUGCAUCUGGGGACAUCCUGAAGGCUGCAGCAUCUGCGUCGAUCAGAGCGCAUACCUACAUUACAGAAAAAGUUGGACCCAGUCUGAUGACAACCCUUCAGGACUCUGAUGGGAUCCUGCAGCAGCGAGCGAUAUUGGAAGUCACGAACAAGCUGUUCGAGGCCGCAAUCGAGGUCUAUGGUUCGCGCGCCUUGCCAACUUCGAGGCACAGCGGCAAUCCCGAGAAUGCCCUGGGUCAACUCAAAGACAAUCUUGUGGCGGUGUACAGUCAGGCGUUGAUGGCGACGGUCAAGGAGGAAGUUUCUUUCCGAUUGACAGCCGCCAAAGGACUUCUACUCUUUGCCAAAAUGCGCUCCAUUCUGGACGACUCGGAAGUCGGUCUUUUCGUACAAUACUUUGACGAUAUCGUGCUCAAGGAAGAGUCCUAUGGGAAAGAUGAGCUGAAGCAAGUUGCGAUAGCGCCCUCGCCGAAAUAUCGACAUUCAAGCCCCGCCUCAUCUCCGACAUCAGCUUACCAGCAUUCAUGGCUUGCUUGCCCGAGACCGAAGGAGAUGCGGCCAAUGCUACUUACCAACCAGUUCUCAAUGCACUAG